AUGCUGUUAAAGACUUCUUAUGUGAUAUGUUUAUUGUUUAUUAAUUUUCUCAUCCAAUCAUCGACAUGUGCACUGCCGAACAACAUCCAAAACCUUGAACUCGACGAUAUUACUUCAUUAUGGGACAAAUUUCCAGCCAUUAUUGACAAAAUCAAAGAAGCUGUUAAUCGAUUUCGUUGUCCAAAAGGAUGGAAACGUCUAGGCGGCUCGUGUUAUUAUCUUUCGAAUCUAACAUCGUCAGCGAUCGAUGCCAACUAUACUUGCAAUUUGAUGUAUUCGAAUCUUUCCAAUCUCAUGCAAGUGCGACACACUGUUGAAUUGUUCUACGCUGCUCAUGUUUUAUCAAGAAAUAACUUGUCAUCGUUAAUAAUUGAUGUUGAUCCGAGUUUACUUCAAGGACGAAAAAUAUCGGAAAUGUUAACGAAUGAUCCUGAUCGAUGGAGACGAAUGAAGAAACAGUUUGAUGACAUACGCAAAAAAUAUAAAGAAUUAAAAGAAAAGGUUCUGAAUCGACUAUCGUCGACGGGUUUGAAAAUUCUACGACGUACGAAAAAAGUCAAAGAUUUCUCGUCGAGAAAACACGCUCAUCAAAAUGAUUUUCAACCAAGUUAUUACGAAGAAUACGAUGUCGAUGAUCGAGAAUUUAAUAUAACAGAUCCCAACUUGGAAGCAAAUUCCAUAACAGUUGUACAUACAGUCGAUGAUGAAGAUGAAUAUGAAUACGAUGAUCUCGAUUCACCUGACGAGAGUGAUCCAUUCGAACAAAUCGAUGAUAUUUCUAGUGUUUGUCAACGAAUUGACUGGAAUGUUCUCAAUCAGAAUUCCAAUUCAACCGUUUACGUUUUAACAACAUACAUUGUAUCCGAUGCAACUGUUUGCUCAUUGAGUGAUGUCGAUACCGAUAUGGAAUAUCAUCAUGUUUGCGAAUAUGUACUUGACUUUUGCUUUGCAAAUAUUCUGUGCGGAAAGUACGGACGAUGUGUUAACACUCUGGCUGGUUUCAGAUGUUCUUGCAAUUUCUUAUAUGGUGGUGUUCUAUGUGAUAGAAUAUCGGAUCAUGGUAAACAAAUCAUUACUGGUAUUAUCAUUAUUAUUAUAUUGACGGCGUUAUCAUUGAAACUUGUUCGAAAACUUUUAUGGUUUUUUACUUCUGAGUUAAUCAAACUAUGUCGAAUAAUUUGUGUCAAACGUAGUCGAAUCAAUAAUCCACGUUCGAAAGAAACGAAUAGAAAUAAUAAUGGACCGUCAACAGAAAAACAACGACGACCAACAUUGGCUCAGGAGCUAAUCGAAUUUUUAAGGGAAAUAUAUCGAUACUUAACUGCUCCAAAACGUACGAAUCCACUAAAAACUCCAGUUAAACGUAAUUUAGCUCGUAAUAUUUGGGUUGGAUCAUUAACCAUAAGCUUCGUAACAGUCUUAUUCUUUUCGACAUCACUGAUGUACCUUAUAUCAUUCGGAUAUGGCAUGAAUAGCGAUCACGAUGAAGAAUUCUCGAUUAAUGAUACUAUUCGUUUAGUGAAUAGAUGCGUAACCAUAUCCGAUUAUCGGACAGGAAAUCUGAUCUUUGCUCCGUUUGCUAUUUCUUUGAUAUUGAUAUUUUCGUGGUCAUUGAAACGGCGAAAACUUUGUUUGCACAUGUGCGAUGGUCGACCGGCAUUGAUUACACCGAUUGAACCGUUUCGUACUGGAAAUCGUUUCACUACUGCAACUGUUUUUGGUAUUCUUGCAUUUGAAGUACUGAAAAUUUUCGAAGAACUUCUUUUUCGCACUGGCCAACCGUUACGUCAGGGUGUAUUGAUUGAGUUACUGGAAAGAAUUGCUCUUAUCAUCCUUGUCGGGCUUCGUUAUUAUCCAGUACUUGCUUCUUUGCAAUUACGAAAUAUUGUGGCGCGUGGCUUCGCUUGCUUUUAUAUCCUUUGUGAUAUGUUCUAUACGAUCAUACGAGAAGGUUCAUGCAUGGGAUUUUUACCUUUAUCUGGACGUUAUACAGAUGCUGAAGAAGCGAAACUUCGACGAGAACUUGGUACUUGGUUCAUUGUUUAUGGGGUAAUCAAAAACAUCCCGCAUUUUUUCCUUUUGUCUUACAUCUCUGGCGAGUUAUGCGUACGUUUCAUCUAUGAUUCAGUUUAUGUUCCUAUGCGUAAGAAGAGAACCAUAUGGUCAGCGCCGGUGGUUGAAUUAGAUGAUUCAGAAUAUUCGAAAUAUUACGUAACAAAAUUGUUUCGACGUAAUCAUCGUUCGCAACGAAUCGUGCCAGCACAAAAUGAGAAAGUCAAGCUUGAGAAUCUGGUUGAUUAUGAGCAUGAUGCAGAAGUGCAAAAUACUAUUAAUCGAUCUCGUGUAAAGAAAUUUUUCGAUCAUAUCUACCAUUCGAAUAACGAUUUCCGUUUUACAACAAUCGCAACAUGUACUUAUACAGUUGCCAUUGUGUUUUUAUAUUACUUAGCAUGUACAUUCGCUUUUCUGUAUCUUUCAAGAACAGCAGGUCAUAUUUCAUUUUUGAAAUUUUAUAUUGAAUCAACAUUUAAUGUUGAACUAGGAGCAUUUUCAUUGAAAUAUGAGAUUAUCUUCAGUGCCAUACUGACCGCUAUUAUUUAUGGAUUUCAACUGUAUAUUGGCAUGCAGAAUUAUCAAAAGCAUAAAUUACAGUUGUAUAAGGGUAUCUAUGUUGAUGUUCCAUCCGCCAUUAACUUCAAACCAAGUUCAAUGGCUUCGAAUUCGGUUCACUAUUCGGGUUUCCUUGUCGGUUAUAUGGCUUGGGGUUUUGUUAUUUGUUUCCAUGUGAUACUUUUCUUCUUGAUCAGUGUGCGCAUUGUUUCACUACAAAUUCGUCAUAUUGAAUUUUUCUUGGCUAUUAUCGUUCCCGUACUCGUUAUUUAUUUUCUGAAAAUGCUCAGUAUGAGAUCAGCUGGUAAAUUUAUAUUUAUUCAACAAUUGGAUGAUAAACUGAAUUUAAAAAACCGAAAAACUUAUGCAAUGUUCGUUUACUUCAGUUUUUUUGCUGAUUGUUUUCUUGGUGUUGCAUCAUGUAUUAUUCGUUUGCUGAAAGCAACUUUUCUCAAUGUUGUAUUCAUGGCUCGACUUGAUUGGAGCUUCCUCGGACGGCCACUGGAAAGAUUUGACCUUGGCUUUGCAGCGUAUAUUUCAUAUUUACAUAUGGAAGUUACAUAUACCAAUCCCGUGAUGCUAGCGUUUUGUUAUUCUGUGUAUGAUGACAUUAUACAACGACGACCUAAGCAAUGCUAUGACGAUGAAUGUUGUAUUGCUCCGGGUGAACUUGAUGAUGAUCAAGGUGUGCAACCACCGAAAGAGAUUCUUGUGCAAAAGAACUUAUCAAUCAUUGAAUACAGACGAAAGAAGCAGACAAAUACUCCAAUUGAAGAUGAAACUUAUUCGCGAGUAUUGAUAAAAGAAACAAAACAGCGUUCACGGUGUGUUCGAAUAGCGGAAAAUAAGUCUGAAGUCGAUUUACCAAAACAAUCUCUGAGACCUAACAAGUCAGACAAAUCUAGUAAUGCUUCAAUCGAUGAACAACAGGCACAUGGAGAUGAUUCACAAUCGGAUUGUCCUCCCGAAGUUCCACCUCGUAGAGAUUUAACCUCUGAAAGUGAUGAGAAUGAUUCAUCGGAGAGGAGAUUAUUGUCAGUUCAGAAAGAUAACCGAACAUCAAAAGGCAAGAAAAAGAGAUCGAAAAGCGAUACAAAAACUGAUAAAACCAUUCCUUUUUCUGCACCACUUGGAACACACCACCGAAGAACAAAAGUAGAGUCAGCAUCCCAAAGCAGUCAUUAUGAUCAAACUGAACACGCACGUCAGCAACCGAAGGACACAACACUGUCAUCGUCGUACGACGAAAUCGUUGAAUCGACAACAAAUGUAUCCGACACUUUGGUAAACAUAAAACGUCGACAAAACGCAGUUGAAUGUCAAUUCGAUGAACGAAAAAAGCUAGUUGUCUGCUGUCCGUCAUCACACAAUGCAACAACAGCCUCAAAAGACUCAUAUCCGCUGCGAACGAUAUCCAAUCGUCAUGCUCAUCAAAACCAGCAACCACUUCUUCCAUCUCGACCAAACCGAUCUUCGAAAAUACAUCGUGCUGACAAUACCGAUGACAACAACGAAAAUGAUCAUUACGUUGAGAUUGCAAGUGCAACUAUGCAAUUGACAACUCAAAAUUACUCAAGUUCUGAAGUUAGACUGAAAAACGACUUGAUCAGCUGCUUGACUGACGAGAAUGAUCAUGAAGAUACACAAGAUGAAGUUCGUCUUUUACAUCCGAAACAAUUUGUUUUCUCAGGCGAACGUUCGGAAGAUCCAGAAAGAAAAGAAGAGAUGGAGAAAAUUAGAAAAAGGAAGCGACUGCGUUUCCGUUGGCAUUUUCUCUAUACAAUCCUACGCAAUUAUCAUUUGUUCGAUUUAAGAAAAGAUGUUCAAGGACGAUUGACACGUUUGCACAUUCAACGAAGUAGCCUUAUCGAUGAAAAUCAACUUCCAAUGGCGGCUACAGUGAGGCAAUUUGAAACUGAAACAUUUGUACCCCAAGGAGACUUUGUGCAAGUCGCUGAAUCAAGAGCUGAAACAACAUCUCUGCAAGAUAUUUCUGCGGCAACAAUCGAACAGCUACCUUCGCCACCUCGCCGGUUACUAUCCGUAGCUGUGCCUGCAACUAUCGAAUAUCCGCAAAGUCCCGCCGAGCGAUACAUUGCAAUCCGUGCACAAAUGCUAUAUGACACAAGUACUCAACAAAUGAAUAUGUCGUCUUCUCCUAAAUCCUCACGGACACCAACAACUGCCGCUUCAUUGAGCGGACAACGGCCUGCUUUCGCCUCAACGAUGACCAGUGAUCGAAGUCAGGGAUUCCAAAUAACACCAGAUAUUGCCAUUCAACCACCAUCUGAUUCUGGUUCCAAAUCAGUAAAAACUCAUCUAACUAGUCGUUCAGCUUAUCACACAACGCAACAUUCGCCCUAUACACCAUUAACGUUUCUUCCCGGUGUUCCAUCGACUCCAUCGACUGCUGAUUAUCCAGCCGCAACAACUUCGAUUGCAAAUUCAUCAACACUUCGCACACAGAUGAGUCAUGAUCAACAUAUGCAAGCAUGGCGUCAAGGCGCGAUGGACAAAAUUCAGAGAAAACAACGAUAUUGUUAUAUGUACGGUCCACCACCACAAACUCCUCUAGCUGAUAAAGUUUCAUGUGUUGCUAUCCUUACACCGCAAAUCUUGACCACAGCAACCACGCAACAAGAAGCUCCACCUUUUAGACAGCAAGAAACUCCAUCAACAACAGGCGGUGGAAAACUUCAACGACCUCCGACCAAGUCACCAUUCAAUUUUUCAGUUUCAUCACAGCAGAUACGUACCGCAUCGUCAUCAGCUGAAAGCGAUAUUAUAACAAGUGAAAACGAUCGACAAUUGAAGGGAAAAUGUGAAGAACAAGCAAUACCUAUCCCACCGCAGCGUAUGGAACGUCUUGACGAAGAUCCCCUCGAAAUAUCUGUUACAGCAAAAUCAUCUAUAAUCACAUCAGCACUAAUUAGUCGCCAUAAAUCUGAUAGUGAUUCAUCCGAUAUGAAAAACGUCUGA